CGAAUAAGGAUUAAAGAAAACUAAAAAGAAAAGGAAAAGGGGUAGAGAAAGAACUUGGAUGCUUGCUGUUGAGGGAAGCAGCGAAAUCCAAGGACAACAAAAACAAAGGUUUUUGGGUAUUAUUCUUUCACUCUAUAAUUGUGAGUGUUUUUUAAUAGGAAGAGUUAAAGAAUUUGGCAGGGGAGAGAAUAAUGGAUCAAAAUUUUAUUUUUAUUUUCACUUUGAUUGCUUUUGUUGUAACCGUUGGAUCAUCCUAGUUUUCGAUCUGUACUUUGGUCGCUUGGCCAUGGCCAUGAAGGCUAUAGAUCCGAGUGUCUAAUACAACAUUCUUCGCAUUGUAAUUGACAUUUAAGCUCUGUUUUAUCUUCGAACUUGGGAUCUUAAGCGCAUUCUUCCACGUUCCACACUCUUUGCAAGCAAUUUUGGUUUGGAAAUUUGGCUUGAGCUUAAUUAUGGGUUGCUCGUUGGGGUGUAGAAGGUUUAUUGUUUUGGCUUGUGUGGAGAGCUUGGGGUGACACUGUAUUUGGUAGUGGAGAUGCCACCUUCUCCAGCAUUGAGAUUCUCUCCUGGGAGAGAGCCAAGAGCAGACGGCCACAAGCGUGGGCGCAGUCUUGAGAGUGGAUUGCUCAUCCGGGAGAAGGAUGAGGAUCUUACUUUGUUCAAUGAAAUGCAAUCCAGAGAGAAGGAGAGCUUUUUGCUUCAGCUGACAGAUGAUUUGGAGGACUCAUUCUCUACAAAGUUGAAACAUAUUUCUGAUGUCAAUCUUGCAAUCUCCAUUCCUGGUCGAGGAGAGAGCAGCGAGUUGCUUAAUGAUGGUGACAAGAAUGAUUACGACUGGUUAUUAACGCCCCCAGACACACCACUGUUUCCUUCGUUAGAUGAUGAGCCAUCACAGACUAGUUUUGGAAGCAGAGGAAGGCCUCAGAGUAAACCGAUUUCCAUAUCAAGAUCUUCUACGAUGGAUAAAAGUCACAGAAGCAGUAGGGGCAGUGCAAGUCCAAAUCGCUUAAGUCCAUCCCCUCGAUCAGGAGCUAACACAUUGCAAUCAAGGGGAAGACCUUCAUCAGUGCCAAAUUCCAGUCCAUCCCCAAGUGUGCGAUAUGCCACUCCAUCGAGAAGACCAUCUCCACCUCCAAGUAAGCCCAUAACACCUGCUUCCAAGCAUUCCACUUAUACUCCCCGUAGGAUAAGCACUGGCUCCAGUGGUUCUGUUGUCUCAUCAGGAGUUAGGGGAACUUCUCCAGUGAAGACAAAUCGUGGAAACUCUGCAUCACCAAAGAUAAGGGCUUGGCAAACCAAUAUUCCUGGCUUCUCUUCUGAAGUUCCUCCCAAUCUUCGUACUUCAUUGGCUGAUCGACCAGCAUCAUAUGUGAGGGGUUCAUCUCCAGCAUCCAGAAAUGGUAGGGACUCUGCCUCCAAAUUCAAUAGGCAAUCAAUGUCUCCAACUGCUUCUAGGAGUAGUAGCUCUUUUUACAGUCAUGAUAGAGACCAAUUGAGCACACGCAGCAAAGGUUCCAUUGCAUCAUCUGGUGACGACGAUCUAGACUCUCUGCAAUCGAUCACAGUGGGUAGUGUAGACAGAUUAAGUUCAAGAAGAGGUGCUUCAUUUUCAACCAACAAAAAUCCUACCAUCUCCAAGAAAUCAGCCAGGAUUGUGUCCCCAAGUUCAGCUCCUAAAAGAUCUUUCGAUUCAGUUAUCAGGCAAAUGGAUAGAAAAACUCCUCAGAACAUGUUCAGGCCACUUCUAUACAGUGUUCCAAGUACAACCUUUUAUGCUGGAAAAGCAAAUUCCGCACAUCGUUCCCUUGUAUCUAGGAAUUCAUCUGUUACAACAAGCAGCAAUGCAAGUUCUGAUCAAGGUACAAACUUUGCACUAGACACUGAAGGAAGUGAACAUAAUCAAGAUGAUAUGGCAAGUGAAGCUGAUAAGAUACUAUAUCCUGAAAUGCAUGAAGUGUUUGUCUUUGAUAAGAUUGAUGCAUUAAAUGCAAAGAUUGAGCAAGAGAUUAAAAGGGAAUCAGUACAUGUUCUGCAAAAUGAAAACACAGACCCAAAGAAUGUUUUAGUUCCAAUUGAAUUUGCGGAUUCUAUAUCCCACAUUCACAUUGACACUAGAGUUAAUGAAAGUUCAGAAAUUUCACGGGUUAGAGGUGGCAUUUCUGAUACUGAUAGUUUUGAAAAUUCUGCUGGCUGUUCUUAUUGUGGUUGUCGUUAUGAGGUCACUAAUCAUGCUGAGAAGAAUAUUGGGUUGUGUCCAGAAUGCAGUAGGAAAACCUCAUUGUUGCGAGUCAUCUUCCCUGAGACACCUUUGGCAGUAUCUGAAGACCCUCCAUUGAUUGCAGCCAACAUUCCUAAAGAAGAAAAAUCAUUAUCUGAAGCAAACCAAUUGGAACUGCCUGAAGAGACUAACGUGGGUAACUUAAGGUUUCCCUACAGUGAGCAGGAUGCUGAGGAAAGUCAAACUUCUUGCAGUGAACUAAAGCAGGAUCACUCACAAAACAAUUCUCUUCCAAAUUCUUUGGGGGAGGGAGGCAGACAGACAUGUGGCAACCAGCUAGAGAUUAACCAAUCAGGAGUUGAUUACAAUAAGCCUAAUUAUGAAUUUGGGGAUAAGCAUCACUCAAGUGAUCGCCCUAAUUUGAAUGUGGGCCCCACAGAAGGCACUGGUAUUUCUCUAUUGCUGAAAAGGACUAACAGCAAUAAAGGGCCUGUAGUUCAGAGCAGGAGUUUUACUGCCACAACCUUAUCUUACGACGAUCUGUCUCUUGCUAGAGACAGUGUAAGCAGUUUUAGAAGCACAACAAGACCUGGUAGUUAUUCUGCCUCAUCAUCAAUUGAUCUUGGCUCAACUAGGCAAACGGAGUUUCGUGUGCAAAGGCAGUUGAGUGCCAGGAAACUGGAUGUGGACUAUGGAUAUGACUUGAGGAUCAAGCCUCUAAGCACUGCUUCAUCCUUUUCUGGAACUUCAAACCAUUCUCGCCAUGAGUUAGGUCUUGCAACUCAAGAGACAGGCAGUACAGAAUAUGGCUUUGUAGAGGAGGUAUCUCAACUUUUUCAAGAAAUGCCAGCUUUCGGAAACACGAUGUCAGAGAUAAUUGAUGCUUCUUCCAUUGAUUUAGUUGCUGAGGAAGAUGAAGUUGAAUGUGAUGACAGCACUAGAUUGAAUAAUGCUUGCAGCUCAGAAUUAUCAAGUCAGGCUACUGUUGUCCAGUCUGAUGACAAUCCAGUCACAUCAAUUCCAAAUCAUGGGGAUUGUGUGCCACACGAAAAUGUUGAUGAUCGUCCAAAUAAUGCCAAGGGUGACUCAGACACAGAAACAUCAGCUAAGACUCCAGAAUUAUCCAGUCAAGAGAAACAUGAGGUGCAGAAUUCUGAUGUUAAUGAAUUGGACGCUUUGGUCACAACCAACUGUCCCCCUAUUACCGAAGCAGAAAUAGAAGGAGAAAACUGUUGUUACAAUAUGGUUGACAUGGUUAAUGAUGACCUGUCAAAGAGGGCCCUUGAUGACUUUAGGGAACCUUCAGCUCAAAAUCCUUCCAGUGAUUCUUGUCCCGCUUCUGUUUCAGAGGUCAAUGUCUCCGAGUCCCAUGGCUUUGAGGGAUCAACAGUUACAGUGGAGUGUCAAGGUGCAGGCAAUACUAGGAGCUUGACACUUGAAGAGGCAACAGACACAAUCCUUUUUUGCAGUUCCAUUGUGCAGGAUCUUGCAUAUCAGGCUGCAACACUAGCAAUGGAAAAGGAAUGUUCCGACCCAUUUGAGGGUUCUGAACCGACUGUGACCUUUUUGGGAAAAUUCAAUUCUGAUAGGAAUAGUCGCAGCCGCCCUGUCAGCAAGCGCACUUCAAAAUCCCAGAAGACCAAGACCAAGCAGAGGAGGGUGGAAACUGAUGUCAAAACCCCUUCUGGCAAGGCUGAGAAUGAUGAAAAUAUUGGCGAGUCUUUCACACACAAUGUUGGACUUUCUAACAAAGUAGAUAGUAUGAAGCCCCCAAAGCUGGAAUCAAGGUGCAAUUGCAUCAUAAUGUGAGAGGACAAUGUUAAGGUUGUGCCUUGAAUUCCUGGCAGCAUUUCUGCACUUCCUUUUGGCCACACAUGGGAGCUAAACCAAGUGCUUGUGCAUUUAUGGUUUUAGGUUGGAGGCUGUUUGGGAUAAUAACCACUGCCAAUUGGUUUGCGUUGGUUCUAAUAUAUUUUGUAACAAAUGCCAAGUUGUGUUUGACAUAAUUGUAAAGUUAUUUUUUUUCCCUCCUUAUUUUUGUUGGUAGGCCAUAAGCUAAAAGGCAUUUUGGAGGACUAUGAUGUGCCCCCUCCACUUGCUGCAUUCUUGUUUGUUAUUUCCAUCUCAACUAGUGAUCCAUCAAAGCAAGUGUGAAGUAGAAGCAUUCAUAUUCAUUGUUA